UAAUUCUUGAACCCUUUAUGAAAUCUUCUUUGCAGUAUAAGUAAGUGUCCAAAUGAGAUUCUCUUUCAACGAUUUCGUCCACCAAUUCUUCUCCUUCUAAUACUGUCUGAGGCAGAAAGGCCAGCUUCAAUUAUAAUGGCAAAAACCACAGUGCAUUGUUAUGUGUGGUUGAUAGUGGCUACAGCUUUGAUUGUGAGGCCUUCCAAGGCAUUUGAUUGCAUUGGCGCCCAGCAAGAACUGAUUCCAUGCCUAAGUUACUUGCAAGCUGCUGAUCCCACACCCAGUAUUGAAUGUUGUUCUGGUGCUCAAGAUGUGGCCAAUUCGGCUAAUUCGUCUAAAGACGAUUUGCAAUCCGCUUGCCAAUGCUUGAAAUCUGCUGCGCAAACGUAUCCCGACAUAAAUUAUGAUAAUGCUAAGCAACUCCCCGCCCUCUGCAACGUCAACCUCAAUAUUACCAUUGAUCCUAACAUUGACUGCACCAAGCUCUAAGUGACAUCGGAGAUUCUUGAAGAGAAAAAUGCCAAAAUUUUCAGUUUUGGUGGAGAUAUCAGCAUGCAUG